GUUCAUACGUGACGCUACUGCUGCAUAUAGAGAAACGAUGGAAAAGAACUAAAGUUCGGCACCGCCUGUUGACAGAUUGAGUGUCAAGUAAUCUUCCUAGUUAUUAAAACGCGAGUGAUUAGAGUUAAUCCAGAUAAAAAAGAAAGUCGACAAAAUCAAAAUGGCAUCUUACUCGGAGGAUCAGCUGGCGGAGUUUCAGGAAGCAUUUCAGCUCUUUGAUAGCCGUGGAGAUGGAAAAAUUCAUGUAGCUCAAAUUGGAGAUGCGUUACGUGCCCUUGGACAAAAUCCUACAGAAUCGGAUGUUAAGAAAUUUACUCAUCAGCAUAAACCAGAUGAACGAAUUAGCUUCGAAGUAUUCUUACCAAUUUAUCAAGCAAUCAGUAAAUCCCGUACAUCUGACACAGCCGAUGAUUUUAUUGAAGGACUACGUCAUUUUGAUAAAGAUGGAAAUGGUUAUAUAUCGUCUGCCGAAUUGAGACAUCUUCUAACAACGCUGGGUGAAAAACUAAGUGACGAAGAAGUCGAAACGUUACUAGCUGGCCACGAGGACUCGCAGGGUAACAUUAAUUAUGAAGACUUUGUCCGUCAAGUUAUGUGCGGAUAAAUAGUUACUUAAUUUUGUACGUGAUGUUAUUUGACAUUUCAUUUUUGAUAGUCUACUCUUGAGUCUACUCUCUAAACUUUUACUUCUGGAAACCUUCAUAUCAUAGCAUUAUGCAUAUAAAAGAAUUUCUCUUUAAAGGAAACCAAUGCAACCUACGUGUAUCACCUAUUUUGUUAUAUAUAUCACGGGGAGAGAACUAACCAUUUUGUAUAAGAUUAAACAUUAGUUAACUAAAUGGUAGAGAUAAAUGAAGAUCUAGCGCAUCGUGCCUUGACCUACACUCCAAUUUAACGAGCAUUUAGUGAUAUCUGUAUUGAGAGGAAUAUGAACUAACUGUAGAUUGUGUAAACAAACGCAUUAUAUGCAUUUGAAAUUUUCUUCACAAUUUCAUAAAAAGAAAAAAAAUAAAUUAUAUUAAGUUUAUCAUGAGAUAAUUCCUCCGACUCUCUGAGCCCUGGAUUAACGCAAACUAAAUGAAUAAAAUUUUUGAACUUGCAUUUAUUAGCUUGCUAUAAAAAUCCAAUACGCCAUUAUAUAGUUACAA